AAUGAGGGAUGAGAGGAGAAAUAGUGAGUUAAAGAAAUGACAAGGACAUCGUACAUGUGAGUCAUCAGCACCGCUGCUCUCUGUGUUUGUCAUCGGGGGCUAUCUGGACCCGCAAAUUCUGAUCUGAUUGAGGACGGAGCGGCUCAGUUGUUCCUGAAGCCACAGACGCAGGCCCCAGCACCCUCCUUCACCCCCAGUCAGGUCAGCGCACUGCUACCUCCCCCUCAGCUGAGAUGGCUCCCACCCUGGCCACAGCCUUCUCCCGCCGCUGGUGGAUGGCGGUGACGGCGGUCAUCGAGAACUUGCUUUUCUCCGCCGUGCUGCUCGGCUGGGGAUCCCUGCUCAUCAUGCUGAAGUCUGAGGGUUUCUACUCCUACAUGUGUGAAGGACCACAUAACAGCUCCAGCGUCAACCUAUCCCACACGUCCACCUCUGACAGUCCAGCAGAAGAGUACCUAGAGAUGAAUGGUUGGCCCAUCUGCAAGGAUCAGGAUGAGAUGCUGAACCUGGCCUUUACCGUGGGCUCCUUCCUGCUGUCGGCCAUAACUCUGCCCAUGGGCAUCGUCAUGGACAAAUAUGGACCACGGAAGCUGAGACUCCUGGGCAGUGCCUGCUUUGCCUUUUCCUGCCUCCUCAUCGCCUAUGGAGCCAGUGAUCCCAACAAUCUGUCCAUACUCAUCUUCUUUGCUUUGGCGUUGAAUGGGUUUGGAGGCAUGUGCAUGACCUUCACCUCUCUGACGCUCCCCAACAUGUUUGGAGACCUGAGGUCGACCUUCAUCGCCCUGAUGAUUGGAUCCUACGCCUCCUCUGCUGUCACCUUCCCUGGCAUUAAGGUGAUCUAUGAUCUGGGUGCCACCUUCAUCUCCAUCCUGCUGGUUUGGGCUGGCUGUGCCUGCCUCGUCUUCCUCAACUGCUUCGUCAACUGGCCUCUGGAGCCCUUCCCCGGCCCAGAGGACAUGGAUUUCACGGUGAAAAUCAAGUUCAGCUGGCUGGGCUUUGACCACAAGAUCACAGGGAAGCAGUUUUAUCGGCAGGUGACCACAGUGGGACGGCGCCUCAGUGUAGGCAACUCAAUUAAACAGCAGCACCAGCCACCCAAAGACCUGGCCACGCAGGAGGCCAACAAGCUGUGCCUGUCCACCGUCGACCUGGAGGUGAAAUGCAAGACUGAGGAAGAGACCCAGUCCUUCAUGAAAAGUAUCUUCAGUCCCAUCUUCUUACUGAGCCUCAUCACCAUGUGUGUGACUCAACUGCGUCUCAUCUUCUACAUGGGAGCCAUGAACACCAUCUUGGAGUCCCUGACAGAGGGAGAUCUUAGCACAGUGAGUGUUUACACGUCCAUAUUUGGCGUGCUCCAGCUUUUGUGUCUGGUCACCUCUCCUGUGAUUGGCUACGUCAUGGACUGGAGACUCAAAGAAUGCGAGGACGAGAAUGACAAGAGCACCAAGAGGGAGCCUGGUCAGCCCCGUCGCCCCAACAAACAGAUCCAGAAGAUCAUCAAUGCCACCAGAGCUUUCAUUUUCACCAACCUGCUCCUGGUUGGCUUUGGAAUCACCUGCAUUAUCCCCAACCUGCCCCUUCAGAUUCUGUCCUUUAUCCUGCACACUAUUGUCAGAGGUUUCAUCCACUCUGCUGUCGGAGGCCUCUAUGCUGCUGUGUACCCGUCCUCUCAGUUUGGCAGCCUGACAGGCAUGCAGUCUCUGAUCAGCGCUCUGUUCGCCCUACUCCAGCAGCCUCUCUUCAUGGCCAUGGUGGGACCCCUGGAGGGAGACCCUCUAUGGGUGAACGUGGGCCUGUUGGCACUGAGCAUGUUGGGAUUCUGCCUGCCCCUCUACCUGCUGUGCCACAGCCGUUACCUCCAGCGCCUCAGAGACGAGCGUGACGAGGAUCCCAAGAUCUAUGUCAAGAUCAACAAUGGUAGCAAGCCCGACGCCAUCGUCUAGACCGGGACAAAGAAUGAAGAGUUCCAUACUAAAAAGAGAAGGACUGAGAGAAGAAGAGAAAGAUAAAACUUGUCUGUCCUCCAGCACCUUUCUCAGUUCGUCUGAUGACUCACAAAUCCUCUACAUUCCCCAUGCACACACACACACACACACACACAAACACACUUUCACACAUUAUACUGCCAUAUUGCCAUCUGGCCAAACAGGACUGCACACCACUGUGACACCCAGGUUCACCCUCCCUCAUCUGUUGAGUACGCACUGUGAGAAACCUGACACACACAUACACAUCCUCUCCAGCCAAGAGGAGAUGUGUGUGAAGGGGCCUCACCGUCCCCACCCCUACCCCCACCCAUCCCUUCGACUGCAUCUCCAAAAUGAGGAGAAAAUAGACUAAUGGGAGAGAGAAGAAGUGACCAAGGACUUUUUAUUUCUGCCCAAAUUACUCCUCUUCUUCACUCUUGUCAUUUUUAUUUCACUCUGGUUUAGUCUCUGCCAUCCCUCCUUAAAAAACAUAGAGGAAGAAGAAGAUGCCAGCCAAUGGAAAGUGAGGAGACUUUGGAGGAGGCAAAGUCUCAGUGAUAGUAUUGUGCUUUUGAGGCACCCAACUUAACCACCUAACAAAAACUGGUGUGUCCUGACCAUGUUAUAACCGUGGAGUAACCAUGACAGCCUUCGCUUUCUGAUUGGUCUAGGUUUGUCUCUAAACACUCAUCUCUCUCAGACAGCACGAGCCAGUGUUUAAUAUGGCUGCUUGGUGUCUGGUUUAUUUGUGAGGACUUAAACAUCCUCUGGGAGAAAAAAACAGUACACGCACACACACAGAAGUGUCUCCUUUGGUCAUGACAUCUCUGCUUCCUCUUGCGCUUCAGGGCAUUAACUGACUAAGAAUCCACAGACAGCAGUAUUGGUAGCAGCUCAGAUUGAAACACACAGUAUGAUAGCACAUGAUGCACAGAUAAGACAGAAAAAAACACUGCAGCAUCUCUGCGUGUGUGUUACAUAAUGCAGGUCUCUGAUUUUAGAUGAACUUCACCGCAUGAUGCCAGUGACCACAGUGCUAGCCCUAUAUUACAGUUUCAUUCAGUAACCAGUGCAGGAAGACACUCAACUUGUCAUGUCGGUCUAGUUUUCAUUUUCUAAGUCAUGAAUUCCUCAUAUAUGUUUGGAAUAUGUAACCGUUUGUUGUGUUUUGCAAAUGUAUUUAUUGCAAUAUGAUCGCAGAUGUGCUGUUAAAUCUUUUUUUUUUUUUUUUGCUAUACAUCAUCUUAAGAUGUGGAGGAGGAAAUGUGUUUAGAGUAGGUAGAUGGGACAGUAAUAUUAGAUAGAGCAUGUUUUUAAAGGAGUGGUGUAGAGGUGGAGCCCCUUGUUGUUCUACUUGUUAAACACAUGAGUUUGGAGUUUCCAUUCGUUAUAGCAAUAAGUGCUUCUGUGGGGUGCUGGGCAACAUGUUGACACACAAUCACACACAAACAAUAUAUUUUAUGGUAUUGCUAAAUCACAAAGGGUGCUAGUUAAUUACAGAAAUGUGUUGUGUGUAUUUAGCUUUCAGGGGCAGUUGAAGUCAUUUUACCACAAAGGCAACGACUCGCCAUCAAAUUACUAACACCUGCUUCUUCAGCAGCUUUCCAAAGAACCAAUCAAGUUACCAUUUUAAAUUACUACUGCUCUUUGUUUUUGUUUACUUUAAUCAGUUUUGUGAUAUUACUGCACCACAACACAAAGUGCAACCACAGCAGCAGCUCUGGAAAACUUGAAUUCACCUCAUAAAGGGACAUUAGCUUGAAAGUAGCAGACUGAUAGAGACACACCCCUCCAGCUUCUAAGAAAAGCUGUGCAUGAUGAGACAACAUGGACAAUAAGGAGUCCUUGUCUUUGAAAAAAAAAAAAAAAAGCCCAGAACAGAAGCAUGGAGCGUGUAGAGAAUGAUGCAGGGAGAUAAUAUUUUCAAUUCGAUUCAGUUCGCUGUCUUAAAAUGCCGUAGUGUGAAGCUCCUCAGAUAUUUUCUGCCUGGCAGUAACUCACAGAGGCACUUCCAAAGACAGCCAUGAUCCUCAGAGUGCCUCUCUACAUGAUGGGAGGAGUGGAUUCAGACAGGAUGUGGCACACCCAGUCCCUCUCUCCUCUAUCUGUUUAUCUCUUGCUUUCAUCCACCCAUCAGUCUGCAAACACAUCUUGAAAUGUUUACUGACGACAGAGCUGAGAGACAAGACUCCACUGCCAUCAGAGGCUCCCAAUGAAUGACUAAGUGAGAAAUGAAUGGCACAUAAUGCACUUUAGACCUCUAAAAUGGACCUCAGUCGUGUAUUUCUGAAUGGCCUGCCCACACUGUAUCGUACACACAGUGCAUGGCUGCUUAAUAGUGGCGCAUGAUGCAAGAAUGUAUACUCAGAGCUUCGGAUGUAGAUUUGUUCAGAACAUGGGAAUGGAAAGAUGCUGUUAUUUUUUAUACUCAGAAAAAAAAUAUUGCUUCACAUGUUCAUGAUAUUGCCUUUAUGUGCAUGGACAGUGCAACAGAGUCUUGUCUCUCAGUUCAGGAACUUUCAUAAGUGUGGACUCACCAAUUAGACCUGCACAUUCAUCCUCAUUAAACUGCAUGAGUUAAUUAUCUGUGAAGGAUCAGAGAGGAUUCUAUGGAGUAAAAUUGGUGCAGAAAUCAAAGUUGUGUUUACUUAGAUCACAAAUGUGAAGGAACUUUUGUAAAGUGGAAGAAAUUUGCAAAUUUUGUAAGAAAACUAAAUUCACAUUUAUACAUUUUUAUGCAUGUCAUAUUGAAUCUUGUUAGGUACAUAAGAAAAUGAAAUCAUGCAGAGGAAAGUAAUGAAUCCUUACACAAUGUCAACACUGCAUUUAUUUAAAAAGUAACUUUUCGGAUGUAGAUCUUUGUCAGGCAUCAAAUUGCUGACCAAGGUCUAUGACAAAAACAUUGGUUUUGCAUAAACAGUAUGCAGGAAUUCAGUACAUUAUUUUGCCUUUAUUUGUCCUGAAAUUUACAUUGUUGUAUCACAGAUCUCAAUCAGUCCAUCUAUUUUCCACCACAUUGUCUCACAUGUUUUUGUCCCCGAAAACAGAUGUGACUUCUUCUGUCAAUCUUCGCACGUUGUAGAUACAAAACCACAGAGACAUUGAUCAUUUUUGUACCAGUACUCCUUGGAAAGGUGGGAAAACUUUUCAUAUACUUCAAAUGCUCACCACUGUGUUUGACAUUCACAAGAUUUGUGUUGUUGCUGUCAUCUGUAUUUUUGUUCUUGAGAGAGAUACAACAAUGUGAAUUUACACAUAGAAAUUUAAAUGUAUUUGCUGUACACAGGUUUUCAGUUACAAGUUUGCAAAUUUUUGUUUUCACCUCAUGAAACCUUAUGUACAUCUGUCCUUCAAAAAAAAAAAAAAAACACAGUAAAGUAAUUAUGGCACUAAUUUAACUCCAUAGAAAGUAUCUGUUAGUGUGUCCUGUCAGAUACUGGUAAGACUGGACGUAACAGACAGGUACUUAACUCCAGUUCUAUGAAUGUGGGUUAUGAUGAAAAUGGAUUUUUCAUUUGCUUGGUAAUCCAUCCUGAACUCACUCUCUGGCUUAACAGGUAAUUACCUAAUUUACAGACAGUUUGUCUUAAGCCACAAACUUCUGUGCAUUGUAAUUACAGGUAACCUAAUGAUAAUUAAGCCCGGGUGAAUGACUGAUGAGUUAUCAGGUGAAAUCUUCAUUCCCUCAAAAUGGGAAACUGAACAGCACUUUCCAUCACUGCCAUACCUUAAACAACUCACCCUGUCCUCAAUACCAUCAUCUUCCCGGUCUCAUCCCAAUUUCCUAGAAUAGGGAUUCUGCAUUACAGUAGUUUUGUUCAUUGAUUGAUGUAUUGAUGAAUUGCUUGCGGGUGUUUUUAUGGCCAUGUGUGACGAUAGAAAAUGGGGAUUUUAGCUGAAACACUGACACCUUGUUUUUCUCUCCCCUGGCUUGUACGUUUUGUAUUUUUUCUACCUGCCAUGUUUCCGUUUAGUUUCAUUGUCUUUCAUUCUGUUUUUUUUUUCUUUGAUGUUUACGAGAAUGUGUAUUUUCAUGGUUCUAUAUUGUAUAUUUGGUUUUCUUUUGUCUUGCACCACAGUAUAGCCAUUGUCACUGACAUUUCAAGUCAUGUUUCAACAGAAAGAAAAAAAAGACAGAUCAAUAUAUGAAGCAAAAUAAACACAGUAAUUUGUAUAAA